CUCAAAGAUACAAGUGGUAAAGUGCAAAAAUGUGGAAAUUUAUCAGUCUGUAUUUUGUCAUCAUUGCUCAAGCGACGAAGUUAGAAAAUUUCUACGGCAAUUGGUACCAGGCCGCUUUCUACCCUGUCUCGACUUAUGCUCCAGUCUGCAUACAGUAUUCGUUUUCCCCUACUUCUGACAAUGUGCAGUGUACUUACGCUGAUGGUAAUAACGCUACUCUGAUUCAAAUGUCGAUAAUGACGGAUAAGGGUCAGGUCAUUCAGAAUUCCCCGUUGCCAGUGAUGAUUGUCGAAACUCCUGCUGAAGUGAUGCCGGCUCUAAACAUGACAUGCACAUAUGGAGAUCAGGAAACUCGAGGUCAUGUGGUUUUAAGGUUGGUGAAUGAUAACUACUUCAUAAUGUACCAUGACAAUGAGCCUUUUAUAGAAACUUCUAAUGCUGAGGUAGAACAGAAUGCUGCCUUCCUUUUCGUGAAGAACCUGGUAUCAGAGAGUGAAUUACUUCAAGCUAUGAUGAGCAUUGAAGAUUUGAAACGGCGGAGAGGUGGCUUGAUGUGUGUCAAGGAAAAUUAUCAUGGAAACAGUACUCCAAAUAAAGUUUGA